AUGCGCUCAAUCCGAACCCUGCGACCUCAAAGUCGCACAUUGACCUCACUACCCCGGGUUCAACGCUCCGAAUUGCGGGCACACCAAGUAGCGCUCUCAACCAACACAAUAAAGUCAACCACACGCCCCUCAAACAACACACAAACACCAUGUACACCUAAAAGACAAAUAAGAUCAUUCAAUCUCUCCUCCCUCUCGUCCUUCCUACCAUCCGGCAACAACAAUGACAACAACUCGCCUAAGCGCGUCCUGAAAGCCUCCCGCAUCCUCCCGUACUCACCAGAGCUCCUCUUCAAAGUAAUCUCCUCCGUCGAGUCAUACUCAGAGUUCCUACCUUUCCUCAAUGCCUCGACCGUCACAGCCCGCGACCCGGCAACCGGUUAUCCCACUCAGGCGUUCUUAACGGUCGGCUAUGGGCCUCUCAGCGAGACAUUUACGUCGCGCGUGGACUGUGAUCGGUCGAAGUGGAUUGUGGAGGCGCACAGCGGCGAAAAAGCCGAGAAAAAGGAGGAAGUUAGCGGUGCUUCACCAGGACUGAGUGGGUUUCUUCCUGGUGCGAAUGAAGGAAUCUUCGAGUACCUCGCUACGCGGUGGGAGUUGGCGCCGCUGGAUAGUAAGCAAGGGCCGCAGACAAAGGUCCAUUUAGAGGUGCGGUUUGAAUUCAAAAAUCCGCUACAUGCUACCCUUAUGGGUGCGGUGGAGGGUCAGAUGGCUGGCGUCAUGAUUGAGGCAUUUGAGAAGCGGAUGAAAGAGAUGCAUGUCGAGGGCCAGUAA